UGUGUUCUCGUCAUUGUUUACAUUCGUUUACACAUAACCUGAUAUAACCUUUCAGAUGUUUACGAGGGGCAUAAAGAUACAAAAACACUUUGUUGAUAUCGAAAUAAUUUCGAAGCCAUACCUUAUUAUUUUCUCGCAAUGUAGAACACAUUCACUCAUUUACUCUUCAGUCUCUGCUCGUGAUACCUGAAAGUGAUUUCGUAGAUAACAUUAGUCAAUGUGCAAGUUACAAUACAAAUAAAAUUACGGGGAAAAAAGGAAUGGCAAAUCGAUAAAUAUUUAAUUCACUGUUAUGUAACAUUGAUUGUCAAAUACUUAACUAGCAUCAAAACGUUAAUCUCGUUGUGAGAUUUUAAAAACAUUCGUUAAAAUGGUAAUUCCGAGGAGAUUACGCGAAAUCUUGAAAACGUGGUUUAAUUUACGCAAAAGAACGAGGCAAGGUGUGCAAUCUGCAAAAGAUGCAGCUUUUCGCGGUGGUACUAUUGUUAUUAGUGUUAUUUUCAUAAUUUGGUUAUCUAUAUUUCUUUAUACGGCUUUUUACUAUGCUUAUAUGCCCAGUAUGUCGUACGUGCGUCCUGUACAUUUACAAUUCAAAUCAUGUGAUAAACAAAAAGGAAUCUGUAGUUUUCCAUACGCUCAUGUACAGUUAACCAAAAAGCAACAGCUUUUGAUGGUAGGGCAACCGUACAAAGUAAAUUUACAUUUAGAAAUGCCAGAAUCCCCAGCUAACAAGGAACUUGGUAUGUUUAUGGUUUGUGCUCAAAUGCGAAGCCGUGAUGGAUACCUUGUAGAUCAUACAUGUAGAUCAACAAUGUUACAUUAUCGUAGUACAUUAUUACAUAUGCUUACAACUCUCACAUUUUCACCUAUGAUGAUUUUUGGAAGUGUUGAGGAGAAGCAAGAUGUUGUUCUUGAAUUAUUCAAUAAUUUUGAAGAGGAUCAGAGUCACCCAGUAACACAUUUUUUUCUCGAAAUUCAAUCACGGCAUAUUGAGUUCUAUUCUGCGACUCUUAUGAUAAAUGCUCAUUUAUCAGGAUUACGUUACAUAAUGUUUAACUGGCCAAUUUUAUCAACAAUUGUUGGUAUUGGUACAAACUUGUUUUUCAUAACACUCGUAUGUACAUUGUCGUACCUACACUUUGCAAUUGAAGAAGAAAAUACGGAUGAAAGUUUCACUUAUGAAAAAGGCGAGAUAGAAGAUGAGAGUGAUUUUAUGGUUAAUAAUGAUUUGUCAGAUACAUCAUCUCAGGAAGACACAUCAUCUAUUUCUCUAGUACGCCUUAAAGGUGACACAGAAACAGAACAGUUUAAGGGAGAACCGGGUUAUAUCCAAGAAAUUUCUACGCUACUUGCUGAAUCAUCGAGUGCCCAAAUGGAUAAAUGAAUGUUUGCUAGUUUGUAAUUUGAUGUAAUGUAAGAAUAAGUAAAAUAAUUAUUAUUUUGUUAUAAAAGUUUAUAAUAUAUAUCUAUGUAUAAUUAUUGAA